GACACAGCAAACGAAUCCUUCACUCUUGUUUCUUCUCUGCGCCAACACACAAAACAAAACCCUCUCUCAAUAUUCAUUUGAUUUCUAUGGCUACCAUUGAUGCGCAGAAUACUCAAGAUAACACCCUUCCUUCCGCAAGGCACCCUCUUCCUCCGCCAAACACCGUUGAUUCUCAAUCCGUUCUCAGAAGGUUGCAAUCUGAGUUGAUGGCUUUGAUGAUGAGUGGGGAUUCUGGUGUAUCUGGGUUCCCGGAAGAGGACAACAUAUUGUGCUGGAAAGGAACAAUAAAGGGAAGCAAAGACACCGUUUUUGAAGGAACUGAAUACAAAUUGUCUCUUUCUUUUCCCAAUGAUUAUCCCUUUAAGCCUCCAAAGGUCAAAUUUGAAACAACAUGCUUCCACCCCAAUGUGGAUUUGCAUGGCAAUAUUUGUUUGGAUAUUCUUCAGGAUAAAUGGUCAUCUGCUUAUGAUGUUAGAACAAUUCUUCUCUCAAUCCAAAGCCUUCUUGGAGAGCCAAACAUUAGCUCUCCAUUGAAUCCACAAGCAGCACAGCUUUGGAGCAAUCAAGAAGAGUACAGGAAGAUGGUGGAGAAGUUAUACAAAUUUCCUAGUGCUUAGCUUUGAACUCGAGUUGGAGAAGGCCUUUUCUGUGGGCUUUUGGAAAGAGUCUUGUAUUUUUCUUUUCAAUUUUGAAGGAGUUUCUAAAUUUCUACAAAUAAUUUUCUCUCUUUCGGUACAUUAUAUUCUUCACCUGUACUUUUUUAUUCAAAGAAUUCAGCAAUACAAGGCUUUUGGUUCCCUGUUUCUUA